CUCAAUAGCUGCUGCCUAUCGAUGACCAUCAAUCAUCAUGCUGCUGUCUCUCGCUCUACAUCCUUCGUGCUAUUCCUCCUCCGCCGCCGCCGCCGCCGCCGCCGCCGCCGCAUCAUCUUCCUCCCCCCUUUUCGUACGGCCACGCUUCCGCCCUGCUGCUAGCCCUAACGCUCAUCAUCUCCUCCCUUCUUCCUCCCCUCCCUUGGCUAGCCGGACUGAGGCUAAUUCUCCUUUCCACCAGCUCCGCCGUUCCUGCGUUGACGCACCUUCGAGGCCCUCUGGCCUCAGGUUCUGCCCCAGAAGCGCCUCUAGACCCAGUCCUCCUCCUCCUCCUCCCGGGGAGGAUCGAAAUUAUAUAGAUGGUAUGCAGACAACCUUGACACGGAUCCAGGAUAGGCUGCGAAUCUUCUUUGCUGUUCUUUUCUGGAUGUCCUUGUUCUUCUGGGCAAGUAUAUACGAUGGAAAAAAUGAUGCAAAAAAGAAGGGGCCAUGGUUUCGAAAGUGAAUGCAGGUCAAACCUUGAUCAAUAUGCUACCUUAUUAGUCUGAGUAGAAGAAAAAAAAAAAUUCUCAAAGCUUUUACAUUUUAUAGUGUCAGUAGGUGUCAAAUAGAUAUACAAUGUGAAUAUAUUUGAUUCCAAUCAUUGUUAAAAUU